UUCUUAUCCAGGGUGGCAAACCAGCUGCAGAAUGCUGAAAAGAAGUUGAGCUGCAUGUCUUGUCCUUUCAGCCUGUUUCUUGUGUUCAUUUUGGUCUAUAAACAAACAUCUCUCAGGUCUCCUAAAUAGAUUUUCUGAUUGAGUUCCCAGAACAGACCACCACCAGCCUCAUUAAAGCUUAUUUAUGUUACUUUCAUGCAUGAAUAAAAAAGCUCCCAUUCACUGCUGAUUUUAUUUAGUUAGAUUCUGUGCCUUGUGGUAGACAUUGAAUUGGAGUGACAUUUUUGGCACCAAAAAGAAAAAAAAUAGCGAGACUGCGAGGAAAGUUUGACACCUGCAUCUUUUGCAGUACAAAAAGGAAGGGGUUAACCUGUUCUUGGCAAUAUGACAUUGAUUGAGGAUGCAAAGAAAAUACAGCUGUAAAUAUUUAGGAAGAUUCCCUAGUAGCUGGGGUGCUGUUUAGGGGGUAGGUGAUAGAAGUGGGACUCUGGAGGUGCAGUCUGUUUUCCCAGGGAUGCCACUCGCUCCUUGCGUGAUAGGAAGAGAAAGGUCACUCAUUGUUCCAGGUCUCAGCUCCCAGCUGAGAGUGAUGCUGUCUCCCUCCUCUCCUUUUGCAGCUUGCUUGUUUAUCUCACUAGCUUUUCAUCAGAGUAAUAUCCACUCUGCCUCUGUGCUGAGCACAGUAGGUCCUGCUCUUGGCUGGGGCUUCCAGACACCACUACAGGUAACAGGCAUGGUUCUCUCUUUAUGCUUGUCUCCACCUUCUCCGUCCCUGCUCCAGUGCUUGUGAGAGCCUGCAAAGAGACGCUGUCUUCUGUGGCUUCAGGAUCCCAGCAAGAAAUGGGAGUCUGAUGGACUGUAAAUGCACCUGCUUUGUUUAAAACCCAGCCAAACAGAUAAGUGCACUUUUAAUUCUCUCCGAAUGGUGCUUUAGACGUAGCUCUGCACAGCAUCUCUCUUCAGCUCAGCUCCGGUUUGGUGAGGCUCUGUGUUUCACCCCUGCAAAUGAAUGCUGUGUGGGUCUCACUUCAGCUGAGAAAUACCAGACAAUAUUGGUAUUUCACACUAAGGUAAUUAAUUGGUGUCUGAGGGAACUGCAGCUGAGGGGCUGGGAGGAUCCCUGGGCUCUAUCCCUGCUCUUCCAGAGCCACUGUCUCCAGCAGCCCUGUGAGGUUUUGGGACUCUGAGGAGCAGCUCUGUGGGACCAGACGAGGCUGAUGUGACCCAUCGGAGCCUCAAAGGGUCCUAUGGGACUCAUUAGAGGUUUGAUAACUAAACUUGGCUGGUUUGAUUGAGAAGAUGCUUGUGCAGUCUUCGCACAAUCUCAGAGAAACCAGCUCAUGCUGCUGGCAGGAGAAAGGGCUUUCUGCAUGUGCUUGUCAUAUGUGUGCAGAGAAAGUGAUAACCCUGCUUCCUCCCACCAGCUUCCAGGUGGGAAAAGAGCUGGGGAGGGGGGAGAAAAGACCUUGGUUACACUGAGUUUACCCAGGGCAGGCAAAGAAGUAUCGUGGGUGAGUGGUGGCAAGAAUUGUCCCCUCAAAGUUAGGGGAACAUUUUUAUCUCUCUACCAAGGAAGCAAUUUCUGUCUGCUUAGGUCUGCUCUAGAGGUGACCACUGUCUCCUUGUGUACACACCACUGCAAUUACUAAAUUAUUCAAGAAACCCAUAAAAUAGGGUCUCAUGUAAAGUGUAACUUUGCAAUAAUAUACAGCCAUGGGGCUUAGGGCAAAUAUUCACCAUAAAGCAAUUUGCUGUGUUAGAAUAAUGAAAAGAAAAGCACUGAAACUGAGUGCAUGAGCAUUGUUGGGGAUGUGUGGCAGGAGGCUGGACAAGAGCCAAAUUAUCCACUCCAGUCUUGUCUUGCCUGCUCUUCCAGGGAUAAUUACUAGUGUAAAACAUCUACCUUGCUAUUAGGAAAACUACAGCUAGGUUGGCUACAGCAAAUUUGGCUGUAGUAACUGACCUGAAUUCAUCUUACCUACCUAAGCAGAAGGUGAGUUUCUUGGUGAAGCUGCCAAUUUAGGGGUGAUAGAGAGAGACAGGAGAGAUGAGGAGGGGAAGUGGGAGGUUGCUGCAGUUUGUGAGAACUAAAUCUGGAUCAACUUGUGAUCCCUGAAGUAUCUGAAGUUCCUUCUUUUCUAGGAAAAACUUCACUGCUGCUGUUAUUACCAAGGAAUUUUUUAUAUUAAUAGAAGAAAUGGCACAUCUGUUAGUAAUGACUAAGCUCUGUCUUACAACAGUAAACAGUAUUUAUUCCUGACUCUGCAGUACUUUGAAAGCAAAAAAGCUUGACACUAUAUUAAGAAACACUGAUUAAAUGGAGCUCUAGUGAGAAAUCAGGGCUAGUUCAUUCAGCCAGGGUGGAUAGGAAGUUAAAAAAGCUUAAAUCCUCUCUGUGCACCAACUAAUGCAGCUUAAUGUUUUUCUCAUCUCAGAGAUUCUCAAGGUAUUGAUGGUUAGGUUGGCAACUUUAAAUCUCUUUUCUGCCAGUGAGCUGAAAUCAAAGCAUCCCCCUAUUAGAUCCCAUUAAAUUAAUCCCAAACUGGCUAGUUCCAGUCUGGGCAAUCUGACGUUACUCAAAGUCAAAUUUGGGAAUCAUCCCGAGGUGUGGCUGGCAUGCAACAUGUAACACUCUGUGCUGCCUGGAAGAAGAAGCAGAAAACCCUUGAAGUGUCUCUUGGGAGCUGUACUGAUGAGAUAGAUGAUACCAAGGGUGUUCUGCUCACCUGUGGUUUGGCUGGUACUUCCUGCAGCUGAGGAGAACAGAUUCAACAGCUCCUGUCCAGUUACUGAAAAAAAUUUUGUCCCAAAAAGAAGAUCCUUGAAUCCCUAACUCCUUGUCUUACAGGUGAACCUUGAGGACACUUGGGAGACUGUAGCUCCUGAAUGUGAUUAGAAGAAAGCUCCUGUGAUUGGAAGAAAGCCAUGGGGAAAGACAAGAAAGAACAGGCCGUCUUCCUGAGGAAGAAGAUCACUUUGCUGCGGGCGUUCUCGCUGCUCAUCGGCAGCAUGGUUGGCAGCGGCAUCUUCAUCUCCCCCAAAGGAGUCCUGAAAAACUCUGGCAGCGUGGGCUUCUCCCUGCUCGUCUGGUUUUCCUGUGGGCUCCUCUCCAUGUUUGGUGCCUUGUGUUAUGCAGAGCUUGGAACAAGAAUCACCAAGUCUGGAGGGCAUUAUAUCUACAUUUUGGAGACACUAGGGCCUCUGCCAAGCUUCUUAUUCCUGUGGGCAGAGUUUUUUGCUAUCAGGCCUGCCAACAGUGCUGUGGUUUCCCUGGCAUUUGGGCGCUACAUGCUGGAGCCGUUCUUCGCCCCCUGUGCUGCCCCUGUCCCUGCAGUGAAGCUCAUUUCUCUCCUGGGCUACUACACGGUCCUGACCCUCAAUUCCUGGAGCGUCACCUGGAGCGCGCGGCUGCAGAUGGCUCUCUCCGUUGUCAAACUCCUGGCCCUUGCGCUCAUCAUCGUGCCAGGGAUGAUGCUGCUGGCCCAGGGCCACACGGAGAACUUCCAGCAUGCCUUUGACAGGCAGUCGCUGGUUCUGGAUAAGCUCCCCCUGGCUUUCUAUGCAGGCAUGUUCGCAUACUCCGGCUGGUUUCAGACCGGCUUUGUGCGCGAAGAGCUGGUCAAACCCGAACGAAAUAUCCCCCUGGCUGUCAUCGUGUCUGUGAUCACGGUAAUUGUGGGAUACAUGCUCACCAACGUCUCCUAUUACACAGUCCUGGGAACAGAAGAUGUUCUGGCUUCUCCUGCUGUGGCUGUGAGCUUUGUGCAGCGAGCCUUCAAGAGCCUGAUCUCCGUGGUCCCUGUCCUUGUUGCACUGUCCUGCUUUGGAACCAUGAAUGGAGGGAUCUUCACCUUUUCAAGGACUCUGUUUGUGGCUUCCAGGGAAGGGCAGUGGCCUCCUCUCUUCUCCAUGAUCCACAUUCGAAGGCAUACCCCCCUUCCUGCUGUCAUGUUAAUGGAUUGGCCACCCUGGGGCUCAUCGUCCAUCGCUGCCGUCACCCGGAGCUGCACAGCCCCUUCCAGACCCUGUGAACAUCAGCAUUGGAUGCACCAUAGUUUUGAGUGGUUUUCCAGUCUACUACCUCGUCAUUCGCAGGCAGAUGUCAGACCGCUGCCGCAACCUGUUUUAUUAUCUUACACACAAACUACAGUUACUGCUGGAAGUUGUCCAACAAGAAAUCAAGACUUACUGAGAAAACCAUCAAAACUCACAGAAGACAAUAAAUAUCUACUCACACCAUUUUUGACACCUUUGGUCCUACCUAAAGCAGUCCAUGCUUUAAUUCUUUUUAGUCAGUGCAACUGAGGAUGACUGAGCCAAAACCUUGCUGCAAGUGUUCCUAAGCUUGCCAACUGGGAUCUGUUCCUGCCCUUUUAUUUUUUUUCAGAAAAGCAAACUAGUUCUCUGAAAUGAGCUUGCUUUGCCUGCAGAGUGUCUUUGAAACCAAGAUGCUAAUUUUGCAGCCUGGCCCAGUCCUGAGAAAAAUUGUGUGUGUAUGUAUGUGUGUGUGAGUACAGAGACAGUAUUUUGUUUUCCUGGCUUGGCAAAUAGAGGAAGUGGGCAUGUUGCAAAACUUAGAAUCCAAUACAUGGAAGCCAAAUGCAAGUUUCAAACAGAACCACUACAGCAGUCUUGUUGGGGAGAGCUAAUUAGAGAUAAGGCAGAUGGAUUGGAAAAGGGAAUACAGGGGGAUAAAAUUUUAUCCACCGGAAACUGCAGACUGAGAUAAUGAGAAGAUACUUGAAAUUCAAGUAUUAACAAUCUAGUCAGAAUGUUUUGCUUUGAUUUUUGUAUAAGCAGAAUGAGUUUUUUAGCCUUGAAAUGAUCUUUCAACUUUGAAGUUUACUUUAGUGAAAUUACAUUUUUAAAUGUACAAGUGCAUUUUUAAAACAAUCAGUUAAAUAUCAUCUAGAAUAUGACAGCAGACAUCCUGGUCCCUCCCCCAGCUUCCCAGACCCACUCCUUACCAGUGAUGUUGAAAAUUCAGAAUUUGGCCUAGCUCCAGUGAAAUACAAUUCCUCCUUUAAUUAGACAGGACCACUGAUGAGACUUGGGCAGAUUCCUGAAUAAAUGCAUCUUCUGGUGCUGUAAGAAGCCAUGAGUGACUUCACAUCCAAGUUUUAACUUGCCAAUUGCGCAUGACUUGCUGAUUUAAUCCAUAAAUGCUCAUUUGAACUAAUGGCAUAAGAAAGGUUUCCAUUAUUGGAUUACUUUGGUUUACAUUAUUACAUUAUUAAUGUGGUGAUGUUAUGUCCAGAUAAUACAGCAAUUACCUAUUUACAAUCACGUAAUUGUUAAUUGGUUCCUAAAAGAUGGGAAGUAGCAUGCUGAGGCUCCUCUAAUGACUGCUGGAAAGAGGAACAGCAGAAUGUGGAGCAUUUUUAAAUCCGUUGUAUCAAACAUUUAUGUACUUAAAAUAAAAACAAAGUACCAUUUACCAAUCGAA